CAUUUCUGAGGCAGCCAACCUACUACUCCUUUCCUGGGGUUCCAGAAACUCCUCUCUCUCUCUCUCUCUCUCUCUCUCUCUGUCUUCUCCGACCAUGAGCAAGGGACCAGGACUCUUCUCCGACAUCGGAAAGAAAGCUAAAGAUUUGCUCACAAAAGACUACAGCUAUGAUCAGAAAUUCACUGUCACAACCUACAGUGAUGAUGUCGGAGUGGGUCUCACUUCCACGGCAGUGAAGAAGGGUGGACUAUCUACAGGUGACAUUGCUGCACAAUAUAAAUACAAAAAUACCAUCAUUGAUGUUAAAGUUGACACUGGAUCAAAUCAGAUUUUGACAACCCUCACCAUCUCAGAAGUUGUGCCAUCCACGAAGACAAUUGCAUCAUUUAAGCUGCCCGAUUACAACUCUGGAAAGCUGGAGGUGCAGUAUUUCCACGAACAUGCCACCUUCACCACAGCUGUGGCUCUGAACCAGUCCCCUGCACUCGACCUUACAGGGACUAUUGGAACCCAGAGCUUUUCCUUUGGUGCAGAGGCAGGUUAUGACUCUGCAUCAGGCAGUUUUACAAAGUAUAAUGCUGGUGUUAGCGUGACAAAGCCAGAUUCCAGUGCUUCUGUGAUCCUGGCCGACAAGGGAGACAUGCUCAAGGCAUCGUAUGUGCACCAUCUGGAUCAGCUGAGGAAGAGCGCUGCAGUGGCAGAGAUCACCCGAAGAUUCUCCACUAACGAGAACACAUUCACAGUCGGGGGAGCAUACGCUGUUGAUCCGCUGACUGUUGUGAAGACGAGGCUCAACAAUCACGGGCAACUCGGUGCUCUUCUGCAGCACGAGCUGAAGCCCAAGUCCGUUCUCACUAUCUCCGGCGAGUUCGACACCAAAGCAUUGGACCAGAAUCCCAGGUUUGGGCUGUCACUUGCUCUCAAGCCUUAAAUUGGUUUUCUGUUGUUGUUACGAAUCCGAUUAGUUUUGGUCCGUUUUCAUUUGUGGCGUUCGAAGGAAUUCGAUCAAUAAUAGCUCCAUAGAUAAUUCUUUUUUCGAAGUUACAGAUUACUGUGGAUGGUUGAUUGGGUUGAGGCCCUCUAUUGGUCUUCUUUCUCUGCAACGUAUUUUUGAUACGAAAAACAUUUUGUAUUCUUAUUUUU